AUGAGCUCUUCGUAUGCGUACGAUGAGACCGGCCAGUUGUGGCCGUUCUUCGCCUUCACGCUGUCGACCAUUAUCACGGUCCCGCUCAGCUACAUCCUCGUCAGCCGCGUGGGCAACCCGGCGGCGGCGUUCCCUCGCAUCCAGACGGACUACCGGCCGCCGCAGGCCAGCAUCAUCGAUGCGGAGCGCGCAAAGUACCGUCGCAAGCAGCGGCGCAUCGGGUUGAUUUUGGCCGUCGUGGCCGGUUGGGCUGUGAUGGCCUACACGAUGUACCUGAUCUCCAUUGCCGAAGCGCCCGAGGAGCAGCGCGUCUGGAACCCUUACGACAUUCUCGGCAUCGCCGAUUCUGCCACCGAGAAGACGAUCAAGCGGACGUACAAGCUGCUGUCGCUCAAGUUUCACCCCGACAAGAUCAAGCCGGACGCAGCCAAGAACGAGACGCUGGAGAUGCUCAAUGACCGGUACGUGGAGAUCUCCAAGGCGUACCAGGCGCUCACGGACGCGGAGGUGCGCAACAACUACAUCCAGUACGGCCACCCGGACGGCAAGCAGACAACGAGCAUUGGGAUUGCACUGCCGCGGCUCAUGGUAACGGAGCCAUACGGCAAGUACGUGGUACUGUUCUACUUUCUGCUCUUUGGUGUGCUGCUGCCGUACGUUGUCGGCUCGUGGUGGUACGGCACGCAGAGCCGGUCCAAGGAGGGCGUGCUGAUGGAGAGUGCCAACCGGCUGUUCCACGAGUACGCCGACGACAUUGACGAGGCGGCCUUGAUUGCGGCGCUCAGCAACGGAAAGGAGUUUGAGAAGCUGCUGGCGGGCGACAAGGCCGAGUCGGGGCUGGCGACGAUCGAGACGCGCAUCACGGCGCCGGUGCCAGCCUCAGACGCGGAGAAGACGGAGGGCAGCAGCGACGAGGAGACGGCAAAGGCAGUGCAGACGAUUGCUGGGCUGUCAGCAGCGGACCGGGAGAGGCUGGACAACCUGGACAGCGGCAGCCGGCGCAAGGUGCUGGCGCUACUGUGGGCCUACCUGGGGCGAGUCGAUCUGGGCGACGGGGUGCUAGAGAAGAGCAAGUUCGAGGUAGCACCGGUGGCGAACGCGCUGACGCGGUCGUUCACGGCGAUUGCGCUGGCGUACGGCAACACGACGCCGGUGCUGGCGUCGAUGGCGGCAGGGCAGCUGAUCAUGCAGGCGCUGCCGCCGAAAGCAUCGCCGCUGCUGCAGCUGCCUCACGUGACGGCAGCGGUGGCACGGGCGAUUGAAGGCGGCGACGCGACGGUGCACAUGUCGGUGCAGCAGCUGAUGGACCUGCCGGAGUCGAAGCGGCGGCGGCUGGCGGUGGGAGCAGACCGGCUGAGCGCGACGCAGUUUGAGCAGGCGGUCGAGGUGGCGCGCCAGCUGCCGUAUCUGCGGGUAGCCAAGGCUUUCUUCAAGGUGACGGGCGAGAAGCACAUCAUCCCGUCGUCGCUGGUCAGUCUGGUGGUCAAGGCCCGGUUUAUCCCACCGGGCUUUGCGGCUUCGGCGCCGGCGGUCAGCGAGGCCGAUCUGCUGGACGUGGACCCGGCCGAAGACGACCUGGACGCGUUGCUGGGGCGCAAGCGGCCGGUCGGCAAGAACCAUGACGGCAGCCCGAUCAUGGCAGACCUGGGUCAGGACCAGCCGCUGCUGGCACCGCUGGCCUACGCGCCGUAUUACGGCCGGGACCACUCGCCGCGCUGGCAGGUCUUCUUGACGGACUCGAAGCAGGGCAAGAUGGUGGUACCACCCUUUACCUUUACGCAGUUCGACAAGCCGCUCUUUGAGGCCGACGGACGCACGCCGACGUUUGCGGUGCAGACGCUCAAGGCCCAGUUUGUGGCGCCGCAGGAGGCCGGCCAGUACACGUUUGCGCUGCACGUGGUGUGCGACUGCUACGUCGGCUUCGACACCAAGACGGAGGUGAUGUUGGUGGUGGAGGACGCCAGCCGGGCGGCGGAGAUGACGGCCGAGGACGACAUUAGCGAGCCAGACGAGGACUCUCUGGCUGGAAUCAUGAGCGCGGCAAAAGGAAUGCCACAGCCGGCCAAGAAACGCACGGCCGCAGACGAGGACGACGAGGACGACGAGAGCGGGACCGAGGAAGAGGCUGACGACACAAGCGACACAAACACAGACACGGAGCCGGAAGACUAA